AUGUUGGUAUCACGCCUUUUUCGGUUUUUAAGACACCGGGUGCGGAAUAACUGGGCUGUAAAUAGCUUUGAGCAACCAUUGCGUUUUAUUCACCUGGAACGCAGUACUAAAUCAAACUGGGACUUCACCAAAUUCGUUGAGAAGCCCACUGAUCUUGCUGAAAUAAGAAAUUUUCUACAAUAUCACAGAACUAACACAGUAUUAUUCAAGAGAGAAGAGCUCGAAAAUAUGACAUGUGGCAUAUGGAAUGAAGUUCUCAAGGCUGGUGAUAUCGUUCUGGUGGAAAAGUAUUUGGAAAUGCGAGUAAACUCAGGAUUAAAAUUAAAUGCUAGUGAAAUUCUGGCUGACCUUAGGAAAGCAGACAUAAAACCCACACUGUCAGUUUUCACUUCAUUUAUUCGUCAAAGUUGUCUUUCAGGAAAUAUUAACGAGACAGAGUUACACAUACGCUCACUUAAGAAGUUUGGAUUCAACCCGAAUUCGUUAAUUUUUUCUCUUAUCCUUCAUGGUUAUCUUAAAGCUGGGUUACCAGAAGAGGUUGUUGCUUUUCAAGAAAAAUUGUCAAAUAUUGGUUUAUGGCCAUCGAAGUUUGGUUAUGAAGGUCUUUUGUCUGCUUAUGCUGAUCUUGGUGACAAAGUUAGCUUUUUAAAAACACUUGAAGAAGCUCUCGCUACCCUUCCAUCAGUAAAGUCAGCGGAACAAAGAUACUCCUCCGACCCCAUGUUUUCAUCGUCGUUUAUUUUGGAUAUGUACACCAGACUUACAUGCUCUAUAGGGACUAGUAAUGCAACGUGUGAUGAAAUAUUCACGAAGGUGCCUUCGAUGAUAACUGCGAAUGGUUUUGCUCGGGACACAGUUAAAAUUCUCCUUGCUCGUGGUCAUACAGCAGCUGCUUUUGAAGUUUUCAAAAGAAUCUAUUCAAAGGAUAUGAAAAUUGGAUAUCUGUAUUCUCUGCUUCGUUAUGCUGCUCAUGGUGGUCUAAAUCCAGAGUCAUUACAACCGUUUUGGAAAGUGGCCGCUGCUGAUGACGCACAUUUUGAAUCACUUAACAAUCAAACAAAGUUGUAUUUUCAACGACGUAUUUCAAGGAAGUCUAAUGAAGCCGGUGAAGAGGCGUACAGAAAUCCAAGUGAAGAAAAUGUUGAAGACUACAAUGGUCUUGAAGGCUUCUUUCAUCGUGUAAUAUCUGAUGCUCCAGAUUGUACAAAGUAUUUUCUUAAUCGAAUGUCUAUCUCGGCAUUAUUGACUAAACAGUGUCGAAAGAACUGGGAUUUACUUGUUUCUGCUCUAAAAUCUGAUGAUAUAUAUGAUUCCUCCGUAUGCAUGACUGUUCGAUUAAUGGAAAGUCUGCGACCCCUGUAUCCCGAACUUCAAAACGAUAUUCAACCAUCAUGGCCAGUAGAAGUCUUCUUACAUCGUCUACGAAAUGAUAGUCAUUCACGAAAGUUGAGUAGACUACAUUCGAUUGUUGAAUCAUUCUGUAAAGCUGAUUCACCUAAUACUAUCUACUCGCUUCAACAAUCCGCCCUCCAAUACAGUCUGUUAUUUCUACCAAAAACAAUAAGAACAAUCCUUGUCACACCAUAUCUCAUACAUGGUGAUCAUGUCAUACAGCAUAAUCGAUUACUUCAUACAAAUCAUGAAUUUGCUAAUCAUUUCCCAGUCAACUUAAAUACUACUACUACUACUCAUAAUAAUAAUAGUAGUAGUAGUAUGAUUAGUUCGAGUAGAAAUGCAUUAAAACAAUUUGAUUCAUUAGUCAAAAUCUCCUCCUCCGCAUCUUCUGCUUCUGCUUCUUCUCCAACUAUCGAUCAAGUAAUCGAUCGCACAGUGAAUUGGUUAACACACAAUAUUCCCUGUCAUUUAUUUCAAACAACAAACACACGACCAGUUGAUCCAUUGAAUUCAGAUAUACCUAUCUGGUUGGUUGUUUGUCAACGUUUAUUCCAAGACGAUUCAAUAUUUCAAUCGUCUAUAAAUUGGAUGUAUUUAGCAUUGAAAUGGUUGGAAAAAGUGAAUAGCGACAACAACACCACCACCACCAACAACACUACUACAACAUCUGAGUUGUGUUGUUUAAAUUGUUACAAAGAAUGGUAUCGAUAUGCACCGGAUAACGCUACUUCUAUUGCCUUAUUAAUUGCUGGUCUGAUACAUCCCGUUACCAAAGAAUGGAGUUUAUCAAUUCUGCAUGAAAGACGUGAUAUACUAUAUGAUAUCAUUGUUUCUGACUGUCUCAACCAACUGACUAUUGAUGAAUAUCAAAAUUGUGUAGUUGAUAUAAUUGCCAAUUGUGGAAAAACAAACACUUUGUCGAUUGCACGUCAAAUUUAUCAAAAUGGUUUUGAUGCACCAACUUUACAGUACAUUAUUAAUAAACUACCAGAGGAAGAAUCUAUGCAUGAAUUGGCCAGUUUAUGUUUAGCUAAGGAGGAAUGGUUUAAACCAAUGGUAGAUUUUGUAUCAGAACAUUAUUCAGAAAGUUAUUUGGUAUUUUGUAAUCACUUACUAAAUAUACUACGCAUAAAACCAAGCCACUCGGAUAAUUUGGUAUAUGCUGUAAAGUUGAUCAAAGAUUCACUGGACAUAUCAAAAUUAGAUCCUGUCAAUCGAUGGCUGAUGUAUACAGUUGGUAAAAUGAAUAAUAUAACAGGCAUGCCUGACAAGAUAUCAUUGGAUGAAUUGAACUCAGCUUUAUCGAAGCAUAGCAUAUCAUCAAAUAUCAUAUUGGAUGAUUUACAAACAGCAAUAACCAGUCGAAAUCAUACCAUUGUUAUUGAACUGUUAAAAAGCUUAGAUGAAAAAACUCUAGACAUCUUGGCACCAUUUGUUGUUUAUUCUGUACUCAUGCAACAAAGUUUACCUGAUAUCAAUCGACUACUUCAUGUAGCAGCUGACAGUAAUGAAAACAAACUGUUGACAGUAUUGUGUAAAUAUGCUCAACCUUUAAUGAAAUACAGAUUGUGCUAUUCAUAUCAAGCACUACAACGACACUAUGAGGGCCAAACGAUGGAUUGGUUAUCAAUAGCUGGUAUGAAAUACUUCCAUCUUGAACCAUUGAGUAUUAGGCUAAAAACUGAUAUAACAAUGGAAAGAAAUCAAGACUAUAUGAAAUUGUCACCGAAAGAAUCAAUACCUGAGUUUGCUCAAUCUCUUGUCAAUCAUCAAAAUGAUCGAGAAACUCAAGAGUCCAUUUUGAUGUCAAUUACUCGAUCAUGGGAUACGCAACGGAAAUUAAUUCUCCUAUAUAAUCUUGCUAAUCUUGGAGCUGAGCAUCUUGUCAAACGUGUUUUAUUGUCAUUACCAGAAUCGGAUAAAAGCAAAUAUUAUGCAUUGAAGUCAAUUUCACAUAUUAUACGAGUUUGUUCCAAGUCUCUGAAUGACGGUGACGGUGAUGAUGAAGCCGAUGUCAGUGAUCGUAGAGAAAGUUUAAAAACUGUUGAAGCUGUUAUAAAUAAACUAACCCGUAUGACUCCACAGGAUUUAAUCACUGUUAUUAACAGUCCACAUAUGGACACACUGUUUCGAUGUUGGCCUACUGAUUAUAUAAUGGAGUAUAUUGACUCGAAUCCAAAAACACCAAAAGACAAAGAAUUGUCAACACAAAGUGAAGACGAAGACGCAGUAGCAGUAGCAUCCGGCGGUGGAAGCGAAGUAAAUCACCGGUCAAAACGUUUAUCCGAGAAUCGACCAGCCGCCUAUCGUAAUCCCUUUUCAACCUUUUUAAAGCGUAAACGUCAUUCAAAAUCAACGGAAUCACGAUUAAUCUUGAGAAAGGAGUAUACAAACGGAGAUUCCAAGUGUGGUUUAAUGUGUCACCUGCUAUGUCGACCUGGUUGUUCAAAAAUAUGCUAUUCAUCGUGUACAUGA